UUGCUCUCAGUUGUCAUGGCCGAGCGACAGCAUGCAGCAAACUCCACCAUAGGGGAACACUGACCUUUGUUGUUGUUGUUUUUUUUUUGCAGUGGCAGAACGUCUUCGUAUGUAAUUUACAGCUGUUUAUCCACUGCCAGAUGUGGGGAAGAGGAUUUCUUAUCCCCCAGGUGGUAAAAACAAUUCGCCUCACGUGGAGUCACAGACAUUUCUUCACCAUGCAGCUGAAAACCAAGGAGUUCCGGUCAUUAUUCACUGAUGGACUGAAUGCCCUAGCAGAGAUUUUUCAGAAGCACCAGUUUGAGCUGAGGAUUGCAGGGGGAGCCGUACGGGACCUUCUGUCAGGGAACCAACCUGAAGAUGUGGAUUUUGCUACUACUGCGACUCCUGAGGAGAUGAAGCAAAUGUUCCAGACUGCAGGGAUCAGAAUGAUCAACAACAAAGGAGAGAAACAUGGUACCAUCACUGCCAGGCUGCAUAAUGAGAACUUUGAAGUGACCACUCUGCGCGUGGACGUACAGACAGAUGGGAGACACGCUGAAGUGGAGUUCACUACCGACUGGCAGAAAGAUGCUGAGCGCAGAGACCUCACAAUUAACUCCAUGUUCCUUGGGCUGGAUGGGACCUUGUAUGAUUAUUUCCAAGGUUACGAGGAUCUCCAGAACAGAAAAGUUUGCUUUGUUGGGAAUAGUGCACUUAGGAUUCAGGAGGACUACUUGCGGAUUCUGAGAUAUUUCAGGUUUUAUGGGCGUGUGGCGACCGAGCCAGGGCAGCACGAUUCAGACACUCUGGAGGCGAUCCGGGACAACGCACGAGGCCUGGCAGGAAUUUCAGGGGAGAGAAUCUGGGUGGAGCUAAAGAAGAUGCUGGUGGGGAAUCAUGCGGCUCACCUGCUCGAGCUUAUUUAUGAGCUAGAUUUGGCUCAGUACAUGGGUCUCCCAGCAGAUGUCAGUAUUGUGGAGAUGAAGCAGGUGUACCAGAGGACUCAAGGCAGCUCUCCUAAACCAAUGACCGUGCUCUCAGCUCUGCUGCGUGGCCCAGAAGACGUGGAAAGGCUGGAUCUGCGGUUGAAGAUCUCCAGAGAGGAGAAGACGCUCGGCAUCUUUCUGGUGAAGCACAGACGAGACCUUGUUAAGGGACAUGAUGAGAACGAUAGCCUGAAGCCAUUCACUGAUUUCAUUACUGAUUCCCGAGAACCAGACGCCCAGAGCAAAGUGCUGGAGCUCCUGAAGUACCAGGGUGAGAGGAAGCUCCUGGCUGAACUGCAUCGCUGGUCCGUCCCUCGUUUUCCUGUCAGUGGCCACGACCUGCGUCGCCUGGGAAUCACCUCGGGCAAGGAGAUUGGCGCGACCCUGCAGGAGCUCCGUGACGUCUGGAAGAAAAGCCGCUACCGACUGGACAAGGAGGAACUCUUGAGUACCAUCAGCAGGUCCUAAAGUAAGACAAAGAAAACCAUUGAGAGAGGGUUGUCUCAGUGAGGUGCUCCUACCUCCAUAUGAUGUACAGCUAAUCACGAGACGAGAGGUAUGGAGGAAAAACUGACUGUAUGCAGGUUAAAGAAUGUGUCAUUUUGGUAAUCUCCUACCUAUCCUAGCUACAUGAGAGGUAGGAAUAUUUGGCGAAGGUCUAUCAACACAGUUUAAACAGCUGCACGCCAAGGAUUUGUCUGAAAAAAAGAGUAAAAGUCUAAAUAAUAAAUAUAAAUUCUUGGUGUGUCAUGAUGGACAGAACCUCCACACUGCUUCAUAUACUUAUCUCAGCCAGGCUUCACUUUUCUUCACCCUCCUUUAAUAUCAGUUAAAUAGUUUGCCAUUCGAAUCUUGUUGAUAAUUCUUGUCAAUUCAAUGGCAUAUAUAUUUUUUAUGUUUAUUAUGCUUUUGUAAUUUGCCCUUUAUAGAUUGCACAAUUAUCAGUAGAAGAGGUAAUGUUCAGCUGGCUCUGAAAGAGAACAACGUUUGCCUAAUUCAGCUAUGGUCAUGAGUUCAUUAUGGAUUAAAAAAGAUUGCAGGUUGUGUUACACUUGUUUGUCUGACUUUGAAGUAAACAGAAAUACAAACUAAAAGGUCUUCUGCCAUUUUGUUGUUAAUGGCCCACAUUAAACUUUCAAAAGAAUUCACACAA